AUGGCUAAGAGGAGGUUGAAUUCAGAAGAUGCUAGAAAAGGAGAAAAAAUUGCCUCAUGGAUAGUCAAAAAUGCGAUAAAAGCGAAAAUCCGGGAGGGGAGCGGAAUAAAAGCAUUUAAGAAGGGGAUAAAAAAAAUACAGUCUCAGUUGAAAAAACUAAAAUCCAAAGACAAUCACUCGGCUAUAAAAUAUACCUAUGCAGCUGCUAAGAAAAUAUUUAGUAAUAAAAAAGGAAUAAGUUUACCUCGUUAUAUUCCUCUUCCAAAGUGUGGAGGACUUUUACCCCUUAUUCCCAUAUUUGCGGGAUUGUUAGCUUUAGGAUCAUUAGCUUAUGGAGCAGCGGGUAUAGCAAAAGCUGUUAAUGAUUCAAAAGCAGCACAAAAGAGUCUUCAGGAAUCUGAAAGACACAACAGAAUGAUGGAAGCCGUUGCUCUAGGAAAAGGAUUAUACAUUAAACCUCAUAAACAAGGAGCAGGUUUAUAUCUUAACCCCUCAAAAAACUUAUUAGACGGCUACCCAGGCGAGCGCUCACUAACCUCGACAUAUUAG